GAGCCUUCCCAAGGCAUUGUUUGGAGGAAGCGUUGAUCACAAUUUCCUAUUGCACCACUAGCCACUGUAGCAGGUGUUCUGUGCUGUAGCUUGACGCACAUGUAGGUGGUGGGAUGGCUGCUUCAAUUGAGCCGCUGUUCUUACCUUCGAGAAACCAGGACAAAAAGGACACGAAUACGUCUGAGGUGGUUUGCGUUUUCUGCGACAUCUCGUUUCUUGUCGACAAAAGCUUCCAAGGUUUGUUGUCGCACCUGCUGACAGAGCACAAGCUUGUCGUCAGCAACUUUACCGGUGUUGCUGAUCCUCCAAGAUAUUUUGCGUACUGGAAGAAGCGAUUUCGGGAGGUGUCUGAUAUCGCAGACGUAUGCGUGACGAUGAAGACCAACAGUGGUGACGAUGAUGUCGGACCAAGGGAAACAUUCUUAUUGCUUUCUGAAAAACUGCCUGAAGACGAUGCCAUUCGCUGGAAACUGCGCAAGUCCAAACUGGACGAUGUGCUGGCAAGUCAAGAACUUGAAAGGACUGACACAUCCUUCAGAAGGACGUGCUUGUUUUGCAAGCAAGUUUUCACUGGAAACAGGGCCACGCUACUCAAUCACAUGGCUCGCGACCACAACUUUAGUGUCGGAAGACCUGAUAAUUUAGUGUAUGUCGAAGAGCUUCUGGACAUCUUGCAGGACAAGUUGAGCAACAUGCAAUGUUUGUACUGUGAGAAGACAUUCAAAGACUGGCAGAUAUUGAAAGAGCACAUGCGAAAAAAACAGCACAAGAAGAUAAACCCCCGGAACAAAGCCUAUGAUAAAUACUAUGUCAUCAAUUAUACCGGACAUGGAGGCCAGGAAUCUUUUGAGCAGGAUGAAGAUGUUGAACCAGUCACUGAUAAACCUGACGAUAUUGAGGACUGGGAGGAUGAAGCUGAAGAAACAAGGUUCAUAUGUCUGAUUUGCAGUGAAGCUUAUGCCAGCAUUCAGUCCAUCACAGGGCACAUGAAGGACAUUCAUAAAUUUGAUUUUAUGAAGAUACGAGAAAGACUUGGCUUUUACCAGCAAGUAAAGGUUAUAAACUAUAUACGAAAGCAGGUUUAUCUGAAUGUUUGUUUUGUGUGCUUGGGAAAGUUCCACAAUCAUCAUGAACUCCUGUCUCACAUUUCCUGCAGUGUGCAUGACAAUAAUGCCAUCAACAAGUCGUUCUGGGACCAACCACAAUUCUACUUUCCAACCUACGAGAAUGACCAACUGCUCUGUGCUCUGGAAGACAAAAGCCUACUGGAGGACCCUGCAGAUGAAGUGGUUGUGUCAGAGGACUGGUUGCCACCAAGUAGUGUAUUUGAGGCAGUUGAGAGUAGUGAAUGAUGCUGUAGAUAUAUUUGCUUGCAUACAAAAC